UUGAUCAAUUCUGCAGUCCAGCGACAUUUGCUUUUUACUGGGGUCCCAUGUGCCCAGGGCUCUGAUGAUCAGCGUGUGUCUCUGAAUCUGUUAACCCUUAGCUCUCAAGGUGUCUGCCAGAGGGGCGUAUUUCUCCACCUUUUGAGCUGACCCUUCCUAGUCCAAGUUGGAUCCUGACUAACAAGGGGUGGCAACAGUAUUUGACAGCUCUGCAGUUUUCAGUGUUCUCAUUACAGUAGGUCUACAGAAUGGAAUAGUCUUGUUCCAGUAUUCUGAAUUCACACUUCCCACCUAAACAGCUAUGGGCAAGUGAGGUAAGAACAUGACCAAACAGCAGAUGGAGGAGUAGUAGUUCUGGGGCCUCAUUAGAGCUCCCUCUUGGUUGUUCUUUUGGAGUUGUGGAAGAAGACCUAGAAUGUGCUGCAGUUACAGAUAUGGCUCUGCCUCCCUGUUCCCUUAGUCCUUAAAUUUAAGAUUCAAAAUUGACUUGAAGAAAAUUUCAUGUCUUCACUGCGAAGUUAUCUUGCGGUAGCUCAAGUGUUCCCCUUAACUUGUCCCCUUUGUUCACACACAACCUGACAUUCAAAUGCAGUGAUGCUAUUAACUUAAGUUGUCUGGCUCAAGUGGGGGUAUAGGCUGAAGCGUGAGUGAGCGCAACUUGCUAACUGGAUGCUGGUUAGUGCCACUUGAGUGCUGCUGCUACUCUAAUGCUGCCUUUGUUUCUUCUGAAAAAGUUUUCCUGCUAUCUAUCUGUUCUAGUCUGGAAGCAGGGAAGUUACCAACCAGUUCAUGCAGCCUGCUUAGGCAUUCAAAACCCUACAUUCACAUGUGGGUGUGAAUACCAGCAACUGCAAUCCUUCAGCUUGGUACAGAGAUCCAUUUGAUUCUGUUUGACCGUGGUGACUAGGAAGACCUGUUAGCAUGCUACCAACUGGAGGCUGAUACCAAGGUUCAGGUUACAUUGAUGUGGUCUUUCCUCAGAGUUGGAUUUGUACCUUGUAUUCACGCAUUUAUGCUUUAUGGAGGGGUUCUUUACUGAAACAUACCUUCCAUAGAACCAUAAAAUCUUUGAUGUUUGAUUAGUGUGUUUUAGCUCUUCAUGAAAUUACUAUAUUUUUUUAUUCUUAAAAAUCUUUGUUGCACUGUAGUAGCAAAUUUAUAUGGGUACAGUUGAAGUAUUUUAUUUUAAGCCCUUGUUUCUAGACACUGAACUUUCUUAAAAUAUGCCUUGGGAAUUAAAUUUUUCAUGCUUGCUCUUAGCCUAGAAGAACUUUUUGGCAACUUUGAAUAAAAUUGUCUAACCACUUUUGAAAAACAAGAUAAUGAAAAGCUUAAGGAAACGCAGAAUGUUUGUGCUGUAAGAUGUUUGAGUUCUUCCCCACACGUCAUUUUAAGUUAACUUGCUAUGAAUGUUGCUAUCAAGAGGAAUGAAUACGUUGUUUGAAAAAUAGUUGUUUGAGAAACAAAUUAUUGAACACGUUGAGAACUUCUUACUAUGUAAGCAAGCUCGUUACUUUCCUUUCUUUUUUUAAAAAAAACUUCCUUUCCUGAUGCUCCAACCACAUUACUUCCUAUUCUGAUACCAUCACUUGUUCCUCUUUCCACAUUUUUUGCGUUCCUCCUCCCUGCCUUCAAGGCUAUGCACAGCUCUGCCCUGCCUACUUCUUUGCUGUAAUUUCAUAUUGUGCACACAUGCCUUAUUUACUAUCCUCAAUCUAACUGCUCCUUUCAUUAUAUGUACCAAUAUGUUUUCUUUGUUGCUUCUCCUAGGAAUGCAAGUCUAAAUCUAGACAUAUAUUUUAUUGGCAAGAAACGCGUAGACUUGCUAAACUAAAAUCAUCUGAAACAUUUUUCCUUUUUCUUUUAGUUCCUGGAAUAGAUGCCGGUGCUUUAGCUGAUGCUAGUCUCACAGAUUCCUACUUUAGUACCAGCUUCAUUGGUGUUAAUGGAUUUGGAAGUCCUGCUGAAGCAAAAUAUCCCAUGAUGCAGAGGAUGACAAAUAGCAGCAGUUCUCCUAGCCUCCUCAAUGACAGUGCCAAGCAGUAUGCAGGCCAUGACCCACUGACUUCACCGGCUUCAUCCUUGUUUAAUGACUUUGCUGCCCUCAGUUUAUCUCAAAGGAGAAAGCCAAGGAAGUAUCGACUGGGGAUGCUGGAGGAGAGGAUAGUUCCGGUGGGAUCAAAGGCACGAAAAUCAAAGAACGCUAUUGGCUGUCUGGCUGACAGGUGUAAAACAGGAGUACCCAUCAAUAUGGUUUGGUGGAACAGAGUCACAGAAAACAAUUUUCAGACACCAAAUCCUACUGCAAGUGAAUUUAUUCCGAAAGGUGGAUCAACUUCCAGGCUGAAUAAUGUAUCUCAGUCAAGUAUGUCUGCCUUCUCUCAAGCCUUGUUCUCUCACCCUUCCAUGGGAAGUCCUGCUACUGCUGGACUAGCUCCAGGAAUGUCACUGUCUGCAGGAUCUUCUCCUCUUCACUCCCCUAAAAUUACUCCUCACACAUCUCCUGCUCCUAGAAGAAGAAGUCAUACUCCAAACCCAGCAAAUUAUAUGGUGCCUACUAGUGCCUCUACUCCUGUUACUAGUGCUGUCUCCCAGCCUCCAUCUACUGGCCAGGUGAUUCAGAAGGAAACUGUGGGUGGAACAACAUAUUUCUACACUGAUACGACUCCAGCCCCUCUCACAGGAAUGGUAUUUCCAAACUAUCACAUUUACCCUCCCACUGCACCUCAUGUUGCUUAUAUGCAGCCAAAAGCAAAUGCACCUUCCUUCUUCAUGGCAGAUGAACUCAGACAGGAGCUGAUCAACCGACAUUUAAUAACAAUGGCUCAGAUUGAUCAAGCAGAUAUCCCUGCAGUCCCUACAGAAGUUGACAGCUACCACAGCCUUUUCCCUUUAGAACCACUGCCACCACCCAAUCGGAUACAGAAAACAAGCAACUUUGGGUACAUUACAUCAUGCUACAAAGCUGUAAAUAGCAAAGAUGAUCUGCCAUAUUGCCUUCGGAGGAUACAUGGUUUCCGUCUUGUUAACACAAAGUGCAUGGUAUUGGUUGACAUGUGGAAAAAAAUUCAACACUCAAAUAUUGUAACUCUGCGUGAAGUGUUUACCACUAAAGCAUUUGGAGAACAUUCUCUUGUGUUUGCAUACGAUUUUCAUGCUGGAGGAGAGACUAUGAUGAGCAGACACUUUAAUGACCCUAGUGCUGAUGGCUAUUUCACUAAAAGGAAAUGGGGUCAGCAUGAUGGUCCUUUGCCCCGGCAGCAUGCUGGGUUACUGCCAGAGUCUCUUAUUUGGGCAUAUAUUGUGCAGCUCAGCUCUGCGUUGAGGACUAUUCAUACAGCAGGAUUAGCAUGUCGAGUUAUGGAUCCAACAAAGAUUCUAGUAACAGGCAAAACAAGGUUACGAGUGAAUUGCGUUGGAGUCUUUGAUGUUUUAACAUUCGAUAACAGUCAGAAUAAUCCACUGGCACUAAUGGCUCAGUUUCAGCAAGCAGAUCUGAUCUCACUAGGAAAAGUUGUGUUGGCGUUGGCUUGCAAUUCUUUGUCAGGAAUUCAGAGAGAAAAUUUGCAGAAAGCUAUGGAACUGGUGACAAUCAACUAUUCCUCUGAUCUGAAGAAUCUGAUUUUGUAUUUGCUGACUGACCAAAAUAGGCUUCGCAGUGUAAAUGAUAUCAUGCCUAUGAUUGGUGCACGAUUCUAUACUCAACUGGAUGCUGCUCAAAUGAGAAAUGAUGUUAUAGAGGAAGACCUUGCAAAGGAGGUGCAGAAUGGAAGGUUGUUUAGGCUUCUAGCAAAAUUGGGAACAAUCAAUGAGAGGCCAGAAUUUCAGAAAGACCCAACUUGGUCAGAAACUGGAGACCGAUAUCUACUGAAGCUCUUUCGGGAUCAUCUUUUCCAUCAGGUGACAGAAGCGGGCACUCCAUGGAUUGACCUCAGUCACAUUAUCUCAUGUCUUAACAAGUUAGAUGCUGGUGUGCCAGAAAAAAUAAGCCUCAUUUCCAGAGACGAGAAGAGUGUACUUGUGGUAACUUACAGCGAUUUAAAACGCUGCUUUGAAAAUACUUUUCAAGAACUAAUUGCAGCCGCAAAUGGUCAGUUGUAGUAUUUGCUGAAAGCAUGCAGGACAUUGCUGAGGAACUUAACCAAUAGCAAAUUGCACUACAGCUGAAUUGUUGUUGUCAUCUCAUUUCACAUUUGGGAAACAAACAGGAGAUGAGCAAAGCUGCUUGCACUUCAGUCAGGUACACUGUUACUUGAAGGGAAGAAUGUUUCAUUUAUCCUAGAGCUAUGGCUGCCAUCGGAGGCUUUAUCUGUGAAGAAUUUAUUUUAGAUUAAGGAACACAUCAGGUGCAUGAUGUUCCUGCUUUUAUUUUUUCCACUUGUAUAUGCACUAAUUUUAAUUUUUUUAAGACUUUUCUGAUCUCUGAUGUUUUGCCACAUUGUAUACUCAUUAAGGGAAACUUUGCAAGGACAUUUCUGGGAUACAUUUUUGUCACUGAGGAUAUUGCUCAAAAUUUAUUCAUUUUGAUAUUAUUUGCACCCAGAAUAGCAUAAAGGACCAGGGAAAUAAUUUCAUAGAAAUUGUGCUCUAUAAAUGAGAGUUUAGUUUGUAAUCUCCGUAAAAGUGUGUUGUAUGCGAGCUCUGUAUGCCACCCACUGUUAGUUAACAAACCAACCAGAAGAUGCACAUUUAAAAAAAAAAAGUAUCAGUGAAAUGACGUGUAUAAAAUCCCCUCUCAUUUAAGCCUUGUCUAAGCAACGUGACAAAAUAGCAACCUUUGAAACACCUAUAAUUUAAGGGGCAUAUCAAAUUUGCUCUAAACACAACCAGCGCCUUUAAAAACUGUAUGUUUUCCUGCUAGUCAGCUGCAUUUACAUUUAUGCAAUUUUUUUAACAGAAUUUUUUUUAAAGAAAUUGUGUUAAAUGCCUGAAGUUUCAGGAGUGUAUUACUUUAGGUUAUUUACAGUAUAAUUUUUGUAUAAAGUUCUGUUCUUUGAACCACAGCUUUAUUAUGGUACUCUACACUGGAUACAGAAACAAAGACACUGUUAAGAAGAUUAACUAAACACAGCAGUUGUCUGGCAUCAAGAGCUUUUGAAGUUUUACAACCUGAAUCUGGAGGGAUAAUGAUCUGCUGUGCCUUUGCAGUCACUGCUUAGCCCAAAGUAAUAUUACUUUUGAUAAUACUCAACACAUGAAUAUUCCUGAAGUAAUUCAGUCUGGAAUUUUCCUCCUCAGUUAACUUUCUAAUAUUUGGACAUGCAGUUGUGUCUCCAAACUUGGGUAUUCCUUGGAUUUAUAGUAAAAGAUAAACACCUACACUUUGAUAUUGAAGACUGCCAAAUAUGUAGGAAUUUCCUUUCGUAAAGCAGUAGUGAAGACUGUAUCUAUCCUUUCCCAGCACUGAAUAUUUUAAUAGCACUGGGUGCUCACCAUGAAGAAAAUGUGGAAACUCAAAAGGUCAGGACAGACUCUAAGCACUUGCAACUGAUGUUACUGACAUCAAUUUUAAUAAUUCUCAAUAUUUGUAGUUUUCAGAGAAGUUUUUAAUAUUUCUCUGUCCACUUUUAUAAGCUUUAAAAUGAUUCUCCGCCUUGAGACUUGCAUCAAGAAAAGCAACUCUCUUCACAUCGAAAGCUUUGAAGACUAGGGACGUGCUUUACAUAUUUUAGAAAAUGUGGUUGAGUCCGCAUUUGGUAGCAUCAGUUGUUGAGUUUAAAAGUCAAUUAUUGUUGCAUUUGAUCUGAAUGAAUUUUAAAAGGAACAUAAUGUUUAAUAUUCAAAGGGUAACAAUUGCCACAAUAUUGUUCUUUUUUUAUGUAAAAGGAACAGGAACUUUGAGAAGUGAACAUGCAAAACAGUCUUUUAUCAUUAGCUCAUGUAUUUGAGGAAGAGCAGCUGUCUUUUAUAUGUUUUUUGACAAAUCAUAUUGUAAUUCUUUUGUACAAAAAAGAAGUACUUGUAUUCUAGAAGAAAUAUGAAAUGCUUAAUUUAUAAGCGGGCUGAGGUUUUUUCCAGUAUUGUUUUCUUUGAAAAUGAAAGGGGAUCAUCUGUUCAGUUGUGGGGUUUGGGAACCUUUGGAAAAUUUAAUUUGUGGACCAAUAUUUUGUGAAAGUUAAGGCAGGGGUAAAAUAGGGCUUGAAUUCUCAUCCUUCCUAGACCAGCAAACCAUCCUCUGUGAGAUAAGUCUAGAAUGCAAACUUGCAUGUAUUUGCAUAACGUCAGUUUGUUUCAGCCCCUAGCAACCUCAGGACUUGGUUUAAAAAAAAAAAAAAAAAAGUAGACAGCUAAUAAGUUUUCAUAAGUAACUAAUGUCAGCCAGAAAACAUUUGGUGUAGGUAAUACAUAAAACAAAUAAUUGUUGAGCUUUGUUUUCUAUUUAUUUCAUUUGGUCCAUAUUUGGGAAUGAUUUGAACAGUCUGAAGUUCUGCUUGGGUGUUUUUUGGGGAGAGCCCUUCUACCGCAUUUUAAUUCCAUUAAGAAGGUUGUCCUAAAGUUAUCUCUUCCAUUCUGAAGAAGAGCUGUAUGUGUGUAUAUUUAAAUAAAAAAACAACAACAAAAAACACCCCACCCAAGACAUACCUUUCCAUGUGGGAAAUUAUUGUGAUCUUCCUAUCUUUACAGCUAAAAGCACAGAAAGGGCAACCUUUGAAAUCAUGUGAUGUUGGUCAUUUUAAUUUUUGUACCCGUUUUAAAUUCUGUCUAUGUAUUUACUACACUGUAAAAGUUUUGUUGGGGGUACCUAUGUAUUUUUUUUGUUGGUUUGUCCCGUUUCAGUAAUUCAGAUGUCAACAGCUUCCCCUAAAAAGCACCAGUAUGUUAAGUUCUGUCAUGAUCCCAAUAUAUGUUAUCCAUCUUUAAUCCUGUUUUCAUUCUUCAUGUGUACAGCAGUAUUUUUAAUAAAGAAUACCCGAAAUAA